AUGAGUUCAGUCACUACUACUAUUAAGACAGAACACUGUAACUUUACUGAUUACAGGGUUUAUCCUGGCCGCGGUAAGAAGUUCGUCGCACGUGACGGGAAAGUUUACUUCUUCAUCAACGGCAAAUCCGCCGCAUUCCAUAAACGCAAAGUCAAACCCGCUAAACUCAAAUGGAAUCUCGCUUGGAGAAAGGCGAAUAAGAAGUUUCAGACUGAAUUGUUUAAUAGAAAACGUUCAAAAAAGACAUCAAGACCACAAAAAGCCAUUGUCGGUCUCUCCCUAGAUGAUCUCAAAUCCAAACGCUCACAAGCCACCAAACCCGCUCCCAAACUUAAUGUGAAGCAAUCGUUAUUGAUGGAUACGAAGGAUAAGAACAGGAGGAGUUUUGACAAUUCAAAGUCUCAUCAGCCCACAACCUCAAAGUCAAACGUCCCAAAGAAACUACAAAGGGCCACUGUACGCAAUUAA